UAUUUGCUGUUCCAAUACGAUUUCAUUCAUUCUUAUGGGUGUGUGAUUAUCUUUUAUUAUUAUCUUUGGAUUGUUUAUUGCGUUUGCAUUGCUUGUGUAUGUGUGCAAAAAAUUUGUUAAUUUUCUGGAUUCACAACAAAAAUUUUCUCAGAAAUUAACCAUUUUUUUUGUUUUUCAAUUCAAAAAUAAUCAUGUUGUUCAAUCGUUUGAUUAUAUUAUUUUUAUUAUUCGUAUUGGCAAUUAUUGUUGAUGGUAAUAAUGAUAAACAGAAUCCAACCACAAUCAAACAAUCUACUACGACCACUACUAAUAACAACAAUAGUUCGGAUGUUUGUAGUCAAUUAUGUUCAUGUAUAGAUUAUGAUACGGGUGUUAAUGGUCAUCCGAAUAAAUUUGUUGAUUGUUCACAUCGUCGUUUAACAAAAGUACCAAUAGCCAAAACAAUACCAGUGAAUAUACAACAUUUAGAUUUAUCGAUGAAUAAUUUGACCGUUGUAGAAAAAUUUGAAAAAUUUGAAAAACUUAAUCGAUUAUCAUUGGCCAUCAAUGGUUUACAUCAAAUUGAUAAUUUUGCUUUCGAACAAUUACCUAAACUUGAAAAUCUUGAUCUUAGUUAUAAUGAACUAGCAGAAAUACCUGCAACAUUAUUUGAAGGACUUGAUGAAUUACAAUCGUUAAAUUUGUCGAAUAAUCUUCUUAAAUAUUUACCAAAAGAAUUAUUCAAAUCGAAUGGUUAUCUACAUGAAUUGAAUCUGGCUCAUAAUCGAAUCAAUUUUAUACAACCAGAUUUAUUUUCCCCACUAAGUGAAUUGCAAAUAUUAAGUCUAGCAAAUAAUCAUUUUUAUUCAAUUGCUUCCGGUUUGUUUCAUCGAUUAGAAAAGCUAGAAAUUCUUGAUCUUUCAGGAAACAAUCUACAUUCUGUUCCAACUAAUGCAUUAUAUUUGUUAAAACGAUUACAAUUUAUCGAUUUAAGUGAAAAUCCAAUUCAUACAUUGAAUGCAGCAUCAUUCAAUCAACUAACAUCAUUACGAGAAAUAACGUUGAAUAAAAUGCCCGAUUUAGUUCGUAUUGAAAAACGAACAUUUUCAACAUUGAAAAAUCUUGAACGUUUAAACAUUGAAGAUAAUCCACAUUUGUCGACUAUCGAUGAAAAUGCUUUUAUGGGAAUGUUUAAUCGUCAAUCGAUUACGAUCAAAUAUGUUAGUCUAAGACGUAAUGUGUUAAGUCGACUUUCAGAAAAGACACUACCAUUUUGUAACCUAACACAAUUGGAUUUACGUCAGAAUCCUUGGAAUUGUGAUUGUAAUAUUCGAUGGAUGCACUAUUGUCAUGGAUCGACCGAAUUUGAAAAAGAUAUCAAAUGUUCACAUCCGGAACCAUAUUCAGGACAAGAAUUAGUAGCGAUUGAACCGAAAAAUUUUCGCUGUAAAAAUAAUCAAUAUAAUGAAACACGUUAUCUAUUCUUUUUGUCAUUAUUCUUUAUGACUGGCCUGUUCAUAUCGAUCAUUAUGUUGAUAUUUCGUGAGAAAAUAAUUCAAUUAUAUGGAAAACGUCAUCGUACUAAUGAAGGAUCGAUCUAUUAUGUUCGUGCACAAUCUGAACAAUUAGAAUAAUACUACUGUGUUAUCUAUCUUUUUUUUUCUUUUUUUCUUUUCGAUAAAUUCUUUAUCCAUAUCCUUUAUCCGUUGAAAUUAUUAAUAAAAAUUUGAUAAUUAUGAUAAAUGAA